AUGAUGCCUGAGAAUAUGUCGAUUGGACUGGUUCGGUCCGGCCGCAAGGCCGACAUCGCCGGCCGUAUAGAGCAGUUUUUCUCCAGUGGAAAGUACCAGGGAGACAACGCCCGCUUGCUUGCGGUUCGAGCGCUCAUAAUGAAAGCAUCGAUAGGACAGGAACUUCCUCCGUACCAGGCACUGUAUGCCACGUACCGCACCAAUGCCCACACAAUCCAUGUUCCAAACCAGUACACGCCAGCACAACCGUCAGCGCCGCCACCAGCACCACCGCCUGCCCUUCGACCUACUCCAACAGUUGUGUUUAAAAGAAGCGAUUUCUACACUCUUAGACAGCGAAUACAUGCGAGUGGAAUGAACCCUGUUCUUGCACCUCAAAAAGUGAAGGAUCGGGGAUGUUGCAGGUUUGUAUUCAACCUGCUUCCAGAGGAAAGACAGUUGCUGAUGAGCAGUCCCAACAUGAGAGCGUGUUUGAUUUCCGGGCAGAGGUCUGCUUCCAUGAGCGAGCAGGAUGUUGAAUUUCCGCAACCGAACGAGAUCACGCUGAACGGUGUAAAAUUGAAGCAAACAGGACGUGGAAUAAAGGGCAAGCCUGGGUCUGCGAAGCCCAUAGACCUGACCGAGCAUUUGCGAUUGAGCGAAACUAAUAGAUUGGAUGUGGUGUAUGCGUUCACAAACGUUGAUUUCUGGCUCUAUCUAUACAUUGUGGAGACGAUACCGGUGAGCUCGCUUUUGGAUGGAAUUUUCAAUAAGGCGCACAUUUCAGAGCAGCAGACCAUCGACAGCAUCAAGGAGAGACACCAGGAGGACGAUGACGAUUUAAUUCAGACGGAGAAAGAGGUGGUGUCGCUGAUGUGUCCGUGCUCAUUCAUUAAAAUGCGGUAUCCGUGCCGGUCGACCAAAUGCCACCAUAUCCAGUGUUUUGACGCGCUUUCAUUUUUGCAAUUGCAACAACAGGCGCCGACAUGGCAGUGUCCUGUGUGUUCUUCCAGGAUUGAGCUCAACGACCUGGCCUUGGACGACUAUUUUCUAAAAAUAGUGGAGCAAACGGGAGAAGACGACGAAGCAAUUGAAAUCGACGAGCAGGGCAACUGGACGGUCAAGCACGAGACCGAGGAGUCAAGGGAGCAGAGCGAGCAGCCCCAGCCCCACGAAAAGAGCGAAGAGCCGGUGGCUAUCAUUAGUCUUGACAGCGAAGAAGAAGAAGGUGCACAAGAGGCGCAGAAUUCUGUCCACAGUGGAACGAACGUUGCCCUGCAGCAAUGCCGUACAGAAAGCACUGACGCGCUCUCUUUUCAGGCUCCGGAACACCGCGAGAGAACAAAUGAGGCAGAGAAUAUGCAUGCUGUUUCUAUGCCUCCAGCUCCACCGCCUCGGGUUUUCGAGGUGAUCAGCCUGGAGUCUGACGACGAGGACACAGACCCGAACGGCUCUGAAACGUACCCACCAGAGUCUUCUGAGACUCCGAAUUACGUCGAGGGGCUGGCCCACCAAGCUCAAAAUUACGAGCCAUUCGAGGCCGCGGCUGACGAGCUAACUAAAAAAUCGGCCGCGCAUACGGCCGAACAAAAGCAGGAAUCUACAGAGAAAAUUGGUGCGCAGAAUCUUUUCAUGCACGACACGUCCCCUGACAUUGUCGCGAACGGCAGCACGGAUAUGGGCCGCGGGGAGAGUGACGGGACCCAAACUAAUAAUAGCGAUCCCCUGCUAGGAUUUCAUCUACCGUUGUAA